UGUAUCUUCGCUGUUUGUUCCGAGUUGUUGACGACAGUAAUGAUUAUAAAAAUUUAAAAUAAAAUGGAUGUAAUUCUGUUUUUCUUUUACCGAACUUUAUUUGAAGUUAAUAAACCUAUUCUUUAAGGGUUGAAACAAAAUUUUUUGUUGUAAAGUAACUUUCAUUUAUUAGUUUAGUUUCAACCAGUGAUGGAUUUCUGGUGGAUCAUCUCUGUGGACCUGGUAAAUGCUUAGGGCCGCAUAGCUGAACAGUGACGCUGUAUUUUAAAUAUGGCAACAAAACGACCUGCCCCAGAUGAUGGAUCAUCUAAAAAUUCUUCUAAUAAGCGAGUUCAUUUUGAACCCUGUAGAAUUGGCCCUGUCUCUACACAGGAAGAGAUGGAUAUGAAAGUUCUUCAGUUUCAAAAUAAAAAGCUUGCUGAGCGACUUGAACAGCGUCAAAGACAGGAAGCAGAUUUAAGGCAACGAAUAGAACAACUAGAGAAACGCCAAACUAGUGAUGAAGCUGUAUUGUGUGUUGUUAAUAGAUAUUGGAAUCAGCUUAAUGAAGAUCUUCGAAUAUUACUGCAGAGGUUUGAUGCUGAAACUUCAGAUGAAUAUGAAAAUAGAAAUGAAAAUGAGGCAACUACAUCAUUUCUUGCAAUGCUUGGGCAGUGGGACAGAGAUGAGCUAGAAGAAAAAUUAGCUCAACGAGUUCAGGUGUCAACUAGAGCUGUUGCUAAAGUAUUGCAAGCUUUUGAUAGAAUUGUUCAGAGAAACCAAAAAAUUAUGCUUGCUGUUAAGGGAGAUCCAUCAUCUGAAGAAGAGAUACCCAGUCUGGAUGAUGCUGUUCGUCAAGCAAAUGUAGAAUUACAAAAUGAAAAUAAGAACUUGCAUUUAUUAGUCACUGGUCUACAUGAAAAGCAUCACCAAAUGAAUCUUAAGUUUGCUGAAGUGAAUGAUAAAUUGGCUGCACAAGAAAUAGCAAAUGCUGAAUUAAGGAACCAUAUAGAAGAUUUAGAAUAUGAUUUAUCCAAAACUAAACAACGAGAAGAAAAACUUGAUAUGCAUUUAUCUGAAUGUCUUACUAAAUUGAAAGCUUAUAAUUUAACUGAUAGUGAAGGCAAACCACCUGUCAAUACAGUCACUCAAGCUAAGAUGGAAGAUUUACAGAAAGAACUAGAAGCACAAAAAGAGCUAGCUAAUAACCGUUUGAUGGAGCUGGAAACUUUGAAUACUCAACAUAAAGAAUCCUUAAAAUUAGUUGAAAAACUUAAAAUGGACCUCCAAUGCCUUCCUGAAAGUGUCGUAGUUGAAACAACAGAAUAUAAAUGUUUACAAUCUCAAUUUUCUGUAUUGUAUAAUGAAAGCAUGCAACUGAAAACAAUGUUAGAAGAAACUCGCAAUUUAAUGGCUACAAGCAAAAAUACACAUCUACGUCAAAUUGAGCAAAUGGAGAGUGAAGAGCUAGCUCUGCAAAAGAAGCUGAGAACAGAAGUCAUACAGCUAGAAGAUGCUUUAGCUCAAGUUAGAAAGGAAUAUGAAAUGUUACGGGUUGAGUUUGAACAAAAUUUAGCUGCAAAUGAGCAAACUGGUCCUAUAAAUCGUGAAAUGAGACAUCUUAUAACUAGUCUACAAAAUCAUAACCAUCAACUGAAAGGGGAAGUACAAAGAUACAAAAGAAAAUUAAAAGAAAUGACUGCAGAAUUAGCUAAAUUACAGCCUCUUGCAAAUAUGCAUGAAACUCUUGCAAACAUUAAAGAGGAGCCAUCAAAUAACUCCUCAGGAUCUUCCAAUUCUAUUCCUAUGAAUGCAACAGUAAAAGAGGAAGUAGUUGUUAAAAAAGAAAAAGAUGACGAUCAUUUUAGAGAUGAAGAAACUGAUAUGAGAGAAAAAGGAAAGUCUGAUGCUGAAAUUAUACGGGAGCUUAAAGCACAAUUAAAAAAAUCUCAAGAAGCACAAAAGGAACUUAAGCUUCUUUUGGAUAUGUACAAAGGAGCACCAAAAGAGCAAAGAGAUAAAGCUCAGUUAAUGGCUGCUGAAAAAAAGGCAAGAGCUGAGGUAGAAGAAUUGCGAAACCAAAUUAAGAAGAAUUUAGAUAAUGAACGAAAAGAACGAAGAAAAUUAGCAGAUGAAGAAGCUUUGAAAAAGAUAAAAGCUUUAGAAGAUCAACUUCAGUCCUUGCAGAAGCAGUUAGCUUCUCAAAAGCAGGAAGAAGAAGCUCUUUUAAAUGAAAUGGACAUUACUGGGCAAGCCUUUGAAGACAUGCAAGAACAAAAUCUUCGUCUUAUUCAGCAAUUACGUGAAAAAGAUGAUGCUAAUUUUAAACUUAUGUCAGAGAGGAUCAAGUCUAACCAAAUUCACAAGUUGUUACGUGAGGAAAAGAGUAUGCUAACAGAACAGGUUAUGACAUUCAAGAGUCAAGUUGAUGCACAAAACUUGGUUGUUCGAAAGCUAGAGGAGAAAGAAAGGUUAUUACAAACUAAUGUUGCUACUGUUGAGAAAGAGCUAAGUUUAAGGCAACAGUCAUCUGAAAUGCAGAAACGAAAGUCCAUCGAAAGUGCCCAGUCAUCGGCUGAUUUAAGAUUGCAUUUAGAAAAGUACUUAUCGCAUCUCAAGGAAGUUCAGAAUACUGUUGCUGAAAAAACAAGUGCUUUACAACAAGAGGCAUUCAAGACCAAGAGACUACAGGAAGAUAUCAUCAGCUUAAGGAGGGAAGUUGAAAGAGGAAAGAAGUUUGAGCUUGCUUCUACAGCUGAUGAGGUUUUGAUGGAGGAAAUCAGAGAGUAUAAGGAGCAACUGACAUGUCCAUCAUGCAAAGUGAAGAGAAAAGAUGCUGUUUUGACAAAAUGUUUCCAUGUAUUUUGUUUUGAUUGUUUAAAAACUCGUUAUGAAACAAGACAAAGAAAAUGUCCGAAAUGUAAUGCUAAUUUUGGUGCUAAUGACUUCCAUCGUUUGUAUUUGGCAUAAAAUAUAUUGGGCACUGAAUUUCAUGUAGCAUUACUGCGUAAGCAAUUUUCUUUUCUUUUCAGUGUUUUCAAAGAGGCUGUAAUAUUUGUCAUCUGGUCUAGAUUUAAUUCCAUUUCAACUUGUUUUUUUUUAAAUGGAAUUGUUGAUCGAGGUUGAUUCUGUUUAAAGAAUUUUUCUCGAUAUUUUUGUGUUCUUAUUAUCCAUUGCAUUGUAUUUAUUUGUUGUUGUAUAUUUCAUGUCUCAUUGUUUUUUAUACAGACUGAACAACUUGCAUGUUGUUGAAAUCAUAUACAAAAAAAAAAAGAAAAGAGUUAUACACAUAUUUUCAGCCAUGCAUUCUUUAGGAAUUUGAAUGUGGAAAAGCUCUGAAGUUUUUUCCCAGACAAAAAUAUAUAUGUAUGUAUAUUCUAAUCAUCUACAAAACCCCCAAAUGUUCCAAUCAUAGAAAUUUUGAAAAUGGUUCUGUAUUUAUCAGUUUCAAAUAAAAAAAUAUAAUCAUUUUAAUUGUGACUUAUUUUAAUUAUUUUAAAUAAUCAUUUACAAGAUCUAACUUCAUAAAUGUAUGUAUUAUUUGAAACUUAGUUAUUUUUUUUUUUUCUUUGUUAUGACUGAGAAAUGUACUUGCAACAUAAUGUAUCCCACUAUAGUUUAUUUCAUUUAAUAUUAUUUGUGCACAGUAUUGAUUUUUUUUCUUCCGAUUGAAAAGUUUGAAUUUACUAAUGAAAACUUGCAAAUCAUCCUUUAAUUAGUCUUUAAUGCUUCCAUAAUUCUUUGAAUUUUUUUUUUUUUUAAUAAGCCAUCAAUAUCUAUAAUUUUAUUUCGUUUUACAAAGAUAUAUAAAAAAGCAAUAUUUAUUUCUUCAAAAGAAUGUUUUAAAUUUUUUAAUGUAUAAUGUAAAAAACGGGUAAUUGCUUUGCUAUUAUAAAGUUUAUAAGAAUAUUGCUCUGAUUUCUGAUCUUAUUUCGUACAUAAACUGCUGUUAUUCAGUAUUAUUUGCAGUUCGAAAUUCUUCCUUUCAAAAAUUUUAAUUGCUACAUUGUCAAUAGGAUGCU